UAUUCCAUGUCAUCCUAGUUCACUGAACUUAACCAAUAAAUAUUUGGUCGCUAGCUGACUUCGAACGGUACAUCAGAAGUGUAAACGGUGUAAACAUUUAAUGGUUUACAUUGGAUUACUCAUAAUAUAUUUUAUAAAUGCUGGUUGAUUUAUCUUAUGAUUUUGACGAGAUUCACUAUCAAUUAAUUAUCCAUUUUGAUAAUGAAUUAUAACGAUAGGCAGGGAUUGACAGAAGAUGCGCCACUUACUCACGCCCGUAGUAAAAGAUUCAGUCUACAAUGUUACGAGGAUGGCGGGCUCAAAGUUACCAUCGUUACUUUCACGGUGUUAAGUAUUGCGAUCACUGUAGCGCUUGGGCUCGAAGUAAUUUACAAUAAAAAUGUAUCAGAGGAUAAGAGACAUGGAGCCGUUGCAACUGACUCAAAAAAUUGUUCGGAAAUCGGAACGGCCAUACUAAGAAAAGGUGGAAAUGCGGUAGAUGCAGCGGUAGCUGCAACAAUCUGUAUGGCAGUGGUCAGUCCCCAUAAAACAGGUCUUGGUGGUGGUGGUUAUGCGAUGAUCUAUAGUCACAAGGACCGAGUGAAACCGGUGGUCAUUGAUUUCGCAAGAAACACAGGAGAUGGUGUAUUUGGCAGCACAAACGUUCGAUUACCAGCAGUUUUGAAGGGAUUGGGGCUUGCUCAUUCGCUGCAUGGUAAGCUUCCUUGGGACCAAUUAGUAUUGCCGUCGUCCAAACUGGCUCGAGAGGGAUUUAUAGUGGGUAACGAAUUUGCUCAAGAAGUGGAGAAAAAUCCGAGGAUUAUGGAAAUUUAUGGUCGGCUUGAUCCUGGCCAGCAUCUGAAGUUGACACCCUUAGCAGAUACUUUGGAUAUCAUAGCUAAACGUGGUUUUAAUGAAUUGUACAACGGAAGUUUGUCCCAGAAAUUUCGCUCUGAAUCAGUGGAUUUUUCGCAGCAAAUGGCAAAUUACAAACCGGAAAUAAAAGUAGCUGAUGUGAUCAAUUUUUAUAAUCAUUUGGUAUAUUAUCCACCAAAUGCAAACUCACUCAAACAUGCACUCCAAAUGAUCGAUGCACUUCAUAUACCUAAUGAGAAUGCAUCAACUGUAGAAUCACAAUGUCUUGUUGCUGAUGUUUUGAUAAACGAUACAUAUUCAAGAGCUGGAUCAGAGGGAAUGGAAGAAAGAUUUAGCAAUGUCGUUGUAAUGGAUGAAGUGGAUUCCUACGUCAUUAUUAUUACUGGGCUAAGCGCAACGUUCGGAUUAGGCAAAAUAUCAGAUGCUGGUUUUCUCAAGGACAGUGCAGCGAGUAGCUUGAAGAAACUUACACCAGUUCUAUUUUGUGAUGCAGUGUCAAUAUGUGGAUUACGUGGGAUCACUUCCACCGAUGAUGUGCCGCUCACUGCGGAACUUUUGUACAACCUUGUAGUGCGCAAACUGAACGUUUCUAAUGCUGUAGAACAACCAAGGUAUUACGUACUGCCAGAUGGAAUUGCUGUAGAAAGCGAUUACUCGCAUGUGGCGGAUCCCACAUUAUGCAAUUCUCUUAAGUUAAACACCUCCAGACAGAAUGCCGAUGAAAUACUGAAAAGUUGCAAUACCAUAGUUAAGGUUAAAGAUACUAUGAAUAGUCAUUCCGAUAGCCGAGGAGGUGGUCAUGCUUCGAGAUUUCAAUCAUCAAGAAGUUGCAUUAAUUGCGCAGUCUAAAAUCAUGGGGAGUGACAAGUAAGAAAAAGAAUUACGCUAUAUUAUGGAGAUUAGAUACUCACUGUUCAUAAAAUUAUAUAUUUAAAAUUUUGUAUAAUAAUAAAUAAUAGUUAACAAAUUUAAUAUGAACCAUUGAAUUAUUCAAUACGCUGACAUAACUGUUCACAAUGCAGGCGAAAUUGAAAAAUGCAUAUUUUUGUAAUGCUACAGCAUUUAUUAUGAAGAAAAAACUUGUUAAAUAAUGAUUAUUACUAACCCAGUAAUGCAUUUGUACUGUACGCAGCACACAAUUUA